AGACUUUGUGCUAAUUUUACAUGUUAAGCAGACUAAGAAGGAAUUCCAUGAUCCAGCUGUGGCUUGGAGGCAUUUCCUGCAGCAGUCCUUGCUCCUGCAGUUCAGCUUCAAUCAUUGUUACCCUUUCCUGGCACCCUUGGGGAUGUGUGGGUGUGCAGCCACAGCUAAUGCUGAGCUUGACUGAAAAUCAGAUUAGCCAGAAAAUUGUAUUUCCACUUCCUGAAAUUGCAAGGGGUGGCUCUGGGGUACAAAACUACCCGAGGAGAGAAACAACUGCCCACCACCUCCUGCUUGAAAAGAAUCAAGUAUUUCUGUCUGGAGCAGAAUGAAGCCAGGGGUUGGUGUGACUGUGUGUGGGGUGGUCUCCUCCUGGUUUCCUUCAAGUAGGACCUGGGGGAAUGGAAGUGGCUCCAGCCAGAGCCAGAUGACCAAAGUGAAGCAGAGAAGUGUUUUCCUCAUCACUAAGGGCCACCAGCCACUUCCAUGGACUGUGACAACUCUUUGUCUUAUGCAAAAUAUAAGGACUGGGUCUCACUCACCAGGAGUUUUGACAAAAAUUAGAGUUUAACAGGUUGAUACAUUACAAAUAUAUCAAUUAGGGAAUGGUUGUUACCCCAGAUGGUGAGAUGUCACCAACACACCCAGAGCUGUAUCAUCCCAAAAAGCGAUUUAUACAUACAAUUCCCCAAACUGGGAAUUGUGGAGGACUUUGACACCUCCCAGUGGCGAAUCUCAGCUGCAAGAAGGUGCAGAAGUGGGAAGGAGGCAGCAUGGCAAAGCUCAGGAGUGCUGAGGGCUUGGACACUGCAGCUGUUUGAGGUAGGAAGCCCUUCCCGUGGGAAUGGGAGCUUUUGGGGCUCAUGGCAUGGAUUUGUGGAACUCUGGGUGUAAAACCCCAAAAGUGACAGUGCUACCCUGUAAAACUGUUUUCUCCCAGCGUGCUCUGUGGUCCAUCAGUGAUCGGUGUCUUUAUUUACUGUCUUAGAAUUCUGCAUAUUUAUGCAGCUAAAGGCCUGAGGGCCCACACGCUGGCAGCCGCAGAGCGCAUGAAACCCCUGAGGAGACUCGAUGCCAAGGAACACAGAGGAAAGACUCCCCUGCUGGUGGCUGUCACUGCCAGGCACGCUGCCAUUGUCCACGACCUGAUCCAGGCAGGAGCAGACGUCAACGCCGUGGACAACAAAGGGCAGUCAGCUUUACACCUUGCUGCCACCUAUGGCUAUGCCCAAGUGCUCCAGGUUAUCUUGUCCCUGGGUUUCCCUCUGGAUUUGGAAAUGAAGGAUUUUGAAGGCCAUACCCCUCUCCACUGCGCUGUCCUGGCCCACAACACCCUGCUGAGGGAUCAGGGCAGCCAGGCACUGACAGAGGAGCAGCACAGGGAGCUCCAGCAGCAGAGCAGGGAGCUGGAAUCCUGCAUCCAUCUCCUGGUGCAGACCGGAGCCUCCAUAUACAGCCGGGAUGUGAAAAGCAACAAGACAGUUCUUCAUUACACAGUCCAGGAUGGGAACAUUUCCCUGCUCAGGUACUUCCUGGAGCUGAACGCUUUCAAGUCCAAGGAUUUUGUCAACAACAAGGCCCAUGGCAACACAGCCCUGCACAUGGCAGCUGCUUUGCCUGGUGACAAGAACCAGAAGGAAAUCAUCCAGCUGCUCCUGGAGCACGGGGCAGACCCCAGCAUCAGGAAUUUGGACAAUGACCAGCCAAUCCACAUGGCCCGUCCUGGAAAAGCUGGGGAACAGGCCAGGCAUUUGCUGAAGAAAGGGAAAGUCACACCUGCAUCCAACUCCUGCCGCAGAAAUGCCAGAUCCUGACUUCACUGCAAUUCAUGGAACGGCUUCAACUCCAGCUUCUGCCUUCUAUAAAAACUGUGAGGGUGGUUCUGCAGCACAUCCCUGCUCCUCCAGGCUUAAACCAGGCUGGGCUGAGAGCGUUUCUCAACCUGUGGCCACGAACAGCAUGCCAGACAGCAGAAGAUGAGCUUUCAAAUGGUUGAAAACUCAAUUUUGGUAACAGAGAAUGUGAAUAAACCUCCAGCAAGGAGGUGAGCAAAUCAAAUGGCUGCUACAUAAAUAAGUAAAUAUUCCAAGUAAGUUCAAAGCACAGCCAAGCUUUGAUUUGGUAGCAGCUGAAACCCUUGGAGGUGACAGAGCACAAGGUGACAGUUUGGCUACAAAAGGUUGAGAAAUGCUGCUCUGAGGCAUCCCCAAACUGUGCCUCUGGCUGGAGCCUGUACAGAGGGACUGCUGCAAAUGCUGCAGCCUCUGUGACAUGCAGCAACCACUGACCCUGCUGCCCUGGGAAUGCAGGAUCCUGAGGGGAAGCCUGGAUGGAGAACUUGAGUCAGUCCUGGCUGGAUUUCACCUGAGGGAAUGGACAUCCAAACCCAAGAGCCCCACGGGAGGGUCCUGCAAGCUGGAACUGCCCAUUCUCAGCACUUUGGGAGGGCUCUGGAGCAGCUCCCCAUGGCAAUUAUCCCCAUGUCACCCCAGCCCAAGAGAAGAACCAGGUGCUGUAAGAACAAGGACAUGGGGCAGUUUUGUGUGGCUCCUGAGGGGACACCUCCAAUGCAAUCCGAGUCUCCAGCUCUGGUGGCACAGAGCAGCUCUGGAAGCCCCUCAGGUGUGGAGCUGGGCCCUCACCUGUGUGGCAGACAGAGAAUUCCUUUGGGGCUCCGACAGUUUUUCGGGCAGCAAAGCCCCGUUGGUCUGCACAGCGUGGUCAGGGUGCAAGGGCUGAGUGCUCUCCUACUGCCGUUCCCACCUGAGAGGGGUUUAACAGGUUCUUUUUAGCGUUUCUGUGAAAUGAUUUGUGAAUUGCUGUGCAAUCAGUGACUCUGCCAGGGCAGGGACUGCAGGUCGGUGCCUGGAGGGAUUCAAGGCCAUGUUUUUCCUGUCCUCAGGGCUCACUCUGAGAUGUAUUUUGAUGGUUUCUCAGAGUGCCCCGGUGCUGUUCUCCAGCAGGAUGAGCAGAGAGAUGGAGGGCAGAGCUCUUAAAUCACUGCAGCCACUUCCUUGAGCACCCACUGGCUGCCUCAGUGGGAUUUCCUGAGGCACUCACAGGCCUGGAGUGUUUAAACAACUGACAGGAACAAAAACUCUUAAGAAAUGCAGAGAUCUCGAUUUUCCAGCCCUCCUCUCUGCUGUUGGGCCAUUGCCUCUCACUCAAUCCUGCUGACAGAGAAGCAGACGUGUAUUUGCAUGUGUUUGCAUAAAUUUUCAUGCAUCUGAGCACAGGCCAGUAAAAGGCUGUGCUGUCUCACUUGGAAAGAUGCUUACAAGGAGGCCUGAAUGGAGUGAGAACUGUAUCAGUGAGUUAGUACCGAGUGUCAGGCAAAAUGAUGGAUAAAAUAUCUACUUCUGGAACCUGCCAGCAGCAGAACUGUCACGCUGUGAGCAGCACGUGGCACGUGAAAAUGUAAAAAGCUUUUCGCCAUCUAGAAAUGUCUGUGAGGUGCCUGAAGUCCUUCGGCAGCACGUGGAAAAAAAAAAAAUACAGGAGCUUUCUUUCCUGGAGUGGC